AUGCCGCCGUACGGCGGCAAUAAUAGUGGUCCGGCCCUAGGGGGGACCGGCUUCCCGGCGUUGGGUUUGAUUAGCCAACACUAUGAAGGAAGCUAUCUCGUUCUGACGCGGACGGAUGACGGCGAGACGCUGGAAAGAGUAUCACCAUUCCUGAUUGACAAGUCAAUCAGAAAUUGCUGUGGGGAAGUGGCCAGCGUGAAACGUAUUCGGGAUGGUAAAGUGUUAGUGAAAACAAAAUCCGCAAAGCAGACAAACCAACUAGAAAAGCUGAAAAUAAUCGUUCCUGGGAUCAAUGUGACGGCAUCCGAACAUGCAACGUUGAAUACUUGCCGUUUUGUCAUUACGUGCAGAGACUUGUAUUACCUGAAUGACGAAGAGAUUUUGGAAGGGUUGCGUGAACAAAAAGUUACUAAAGUGGAAAGGAUUAUGAAAAAGGUUGACGGCGAAUUAGUAAAAACCUCGAACUUCAUACUUACGAUGUCAGUACCCGUACGUCCCGAAAAAAUCAAAGUUGCGUUCAUCAGUGUUCCCACACGACCGUAUUAUCCCCGUCCCAUGCGCUGUUUCCAGUGCCUUCGAUAUGGACAUUUAGGACGAGACUGCAAAUCCGUGAAAAUUUGUGCAAACUGUGGUGAUAACUACCAUGAAGGAAAGUGCGUUAAACCAGUGAAGUGUGUUAACUGUGAAGAGCAGCACCCAGCUACAAGCCCGAACUGCCCAAUCUGGAGAAAAGAAACAGAUAUUGUACGCGUAAGGAUUGACCAAGACAUUUCACACUACGAAGCCAGAAAGAUAGUGGAAGCCCGUAUGCCCAUCGGACCAAGCUAUGCAGAAAAAGCGGCCGUCGGUGCUGCUGGAUGCAAAUGUAAAUGUACGUGCAUCAGAACGAAGGAAAACAUCGACCCCAGUACGGUAACACCAACAGCAGGAUCAUCUAAGAUUAACCCCCCGGCCCAAAGUUCCACGACAAAUAAUAAUGCAUCCAUAAUUGCUUCGUUGCAACACGCCGUCGAACGAGAAACCAAAACAAGCGAAGAUAGAACAUCGUCACCGAAGCAAAAAAGAGUGAAAAAAAUUGUCGAAAUUAGCAGCGAUGAAAAGUUUAAAACACCCGCCAGCCAGCCAUUCAAAACAGCAAAAGAGCCACUGCCCCAACUGAAAAGAAAACCAGGACGCCCUAGGAAAAACCCACUGACAACUCAGGAAGAUACUACGGAAGCGGACGAAGAAAAUAGCGAGAUGGAAAUACUUUAA